AUGCCUAUCAGACACAGCAAACCAGAGAAAAAAGGCGACGAGGAAACACUCAUACAGCCAUCCAACCAUCCAGCGCCUGUGGUAGGCUAUGGGGCCGUCAACACCAGCCAUCCCAACAGUACCCCAGCAAACAACAACAACAACAACAACAACAACCCUCCGUCUUCGUCUUCUUCACUGUCUUCUCUACGACAGCACCGCAUAUUCAACCAUCUCCAUCGCGACAAUGACGACUCUUCAUCGCGCGGAAGCAGUGAGGCAGAAGAGUGUAGUCGCGAUCCUCGAGGCACGAUCGCCGAGCGGAAAAGACGGCGUAUGCAUCGACACCACCACGCAGGAUCGUCCGCACAACUGUUGCUGCCGCGUUUGAUGCAUCGGAAAAGCUCCAACAAAAAGUCCACUCCAAGUAGCAGUAGCAGCAGCUGCACAGGGAGUGACCACGAGGACGCAGGUGGGAGUAGCCCUUCAGAUAAUGAGACAGAUAGUGGCGCCGGUGACGGUAACAAUGCUAGUGGCUACUUUGAUGAUGAUGAUGAUCUUCUAAGCCGUAUUGCUACAGCCGAUCUUGUGCUACCGGCACUAGAUCCAAAGGCAGAUGAAGUGAUAGCAUCAGCUGCGUCUCCGAAAUCUGUUGAUCAGUGGUUCGCAAGACGGUCCCAUGUGAACUUUAGUACGGUUAGAGCAAAGUACAGAACUACCCGCAAAGCAAUCAGGGACGAGAAAACUGAAGUGAUUAGCAUGAUCAACAAAGUACGAUCGUACUUUCACUGGCACCCAUACGUAUCCAAGCUUCGGGAAGCAUUACUGGCCAAUCAAACCAUUGUUGCAUUCGUCAACAUCGAUUUGCUGGUCGACCUUUUGUUCUGCUUGGCGUACCUCUUGGAGAUGAAACAAGAAUUUGAUGUGCAUCUUUCGCCUCCUUGGAUGUAUAAAUGGCGGUCCUAUGACCUUUGGAUGUUUUGCCAGUGGUUGACGUACUGGAACCUGGGCUCGUUUGUGAUGCGCAUCUAUUUGACCGGGCGGCCAUUGUCGGUGUUACUCAGUUUUAGAUGUCUUAUCGAAAUGUUGACAACGGUUCCUUUUCUGAUUUCAAAUUUCAUGGAACAUGGCCAGCUGCUCUAUGUGCCUUACUUCUUACGAAGUUGGGUGCUCCUGCUGCGAAUCAAAAGUGCCAUGAAAAUCAAAAGCAAUCUGCAAAUGACAGACAAGCCUGUUGACCUGCUCAAGUCCAAGCUGAUCCACUUAGUAUGUAUGCUUAUUACACUGCUGUAUAAUGGCAUGGCUGCAUUCCAGUACUGUGAGGCAACGUUUGCCAGUAUCAACUACUCAAUUAUCGACUCGCUCUAUUUUGUCAUGGUGACAUUAUCCACAGUUGGUUAUGGAGAUAUUACUGCCCAAACAGAAGCCAGUCGAAUUGUCGUAAUGCUCAUUAUAGUUACUUCGUUGGCGGUUCUGCCAAGUUUGAUUGCCGAUGUGUUGGCAACAGUCCGGAAAAGGAAUGAUGGGGGAGGCCAUGUGAAUCACGGUGUACUUCCGUUUAUUUUGAUUAUCGGCGCCUUCCGACCUGAUCAAGUGAGCGAGAUACUUGAUGGCUUUCUGAAUAGGGAAAAUGUGGAAAGUCAUCUGAAUGUUGUGUUUCUCGAUAUCAAUAAGCCGGCCGAAGAUCUCAAAUUAAUGGAGCGUAACUCCAUGUGGGGUCAUCGCGUCCAGUUUUUGCAUGGUUCCGUUUUAAAUGAUAAAACGCUGCAGAGAGCGAGAGCGCGUUACGCAAAUGCCAUCUUUACAAUUUCAGACCAAAAUGCACGAAAUACCGCAGAAGAAGAUGAGCGCAACACAGUCCGUCUCUGGUCACUCUAUUGCUAUACUGUGAGCCAUAAUGUGCCCAUAUACACAUACAAUUUAUCGCCUACGACUGCCAUCUACCAAAAGGUUGCCAAAGAAAUUAUUUGCGUCCAGGAAUUUAAGCAGUAUCUCCUAGCAAUGAACUGUCGUUGUCGUGGUGCAUCAACACUUUUGACGAAUCUGCUGCAUCAGCGGCAACCCAUGAAUCGUUAUGACGAACCAUGGCAGGCUCAGUAUGACGAUGGCUCGUGUAACGAAAUUUAUACUGCAAAACCACCAGAGUUUCUGAUCAAUGUGGCAUUUGCUCAUGCUGCUUGGGUUUGUUUCAAAGAAUGCCAGGUCAUUUUGUUUGCUAUCAAAACAUACGCUGCAGACCGAGGAGACCAUGAAAUCUUGCUGAACCCAAGCAACGAUUACAUCAUCAAGGCAACCGAUCUGUGUGUAUACAUUUCCGAAAGCCCAAAAGAGAUCAAGGAUAUCAAAUACCUGAAUCAUGUCUAUGUAUGGCAAAUGAUCCGAUCAUUGCAAGUGACGCGCCAAGCGGCUCUGCCACCACCUCCGAAGAGAGAUGCGAAAGUAACAUCAGCAAUAGAGACUGCACCGAUAGCACCGUACGCUAUGCCACCAUCAGCAAACGUUGGUGCAAAAAAACCAACAUCCGAGCCAUCACGCGCUUCAGCACCCGCUGUUGGUGUAGAAACAGCGGUUCCUCUUCUGGCUAGCACCAGCAAAAGUGCUACAGCAGCAGCGGCAGCGACAGCAGAUCGACCAAAAUCACUACCUAAAGGGCCUUACAAACUGUCUAGACUGCCUACACCUCGACACGCUUUGCUUACUGGCAGCCGUGCUUUGAUUACUCGACUAGGCCAAUCGCCUGUUACAGACCACGAUGAUGGAGUGGAUGAUGUCGGCUCACCUGAACAUGUCGAGGAUAUAUCGCUUCCGCUCUCGUAUAUACUUGAUGAGGCAGUGAAGAAAACGGAUGCAAAGAUCGAGUCGACCGAGAACAUGCGUGGCCACAUUCUUGUAUGCGUGCAUCGAGAAGUAGUAAAUAUAUUCAAGUUUAUCUACAAUCUAAGAUCGCCUCAUAUGAAACCUGAAGAAUUGCAGGAUAUUGUUUUGCUGUGCCCGUCCACUCCUAGCGACAAGGCAUUUGAUUUAAUCAGCAUGUUUCCAAAAGUAUAUUUUAUGGUGGGCAGCUGCAGACAACCUGACGACUUAUUGCGAGCCGGUGUAAAACGUGCCAAGCAGGUGGUGGUCAUGAGUGACAAGGAAUGUCUAGAUGAUAUUGAGCGAAACUCUGAUAGUCCCGCCAUCAUGACCAGUCAUAUCAUCGACUUACUUGUGCAAGAACGAAUGCGCAAUGCAUACACCAUUGUGAACCUCAUUGAAAAAUCAAACAUACGAUUCAUGCAUCUCUUGCAAGACAAGGAUGUUGCAGAAGAAAUCGAUGUGUUCUAUACCCCGGCAUAUGCUGCUGGCGAUGUUGUCGCAGACAGUUUAAUUAGCAAUGUACUACUCAGCCAGACAUAUUACAAGCCAGAUAUUGUAUCGAUCAUCAAGACGUUGUGCGGCAUGCCUGGCCCGCUUUAUGACGGAUCGGCAGCGCAUCUACUAUCCUCGUCGAGCGAGUUCCAGACAGCAACAUCGGCAGCAAUACAUGCUCCACACCUCACGUGUAUUCUAAUGCCACCCGAGUUCGUGAAUCAGUCAUUCUCCCAUUUGUUUGAGACAUUGUUGCUCGACCACGGCGUGAUGCCCUUGGGAUUGUUUCGAGCACCAAGCGAGUCCUUGGGCAACGAGUCUCCGUUCGUGUAUACCAACCCUGUCCCAUCCUUGAUCCUCAAGGAAUCAGAUCAUAUCUAUAUUCUUUCAUCUCCCACAUGGAACUACAAAGAUUGUCCAUAA